AUGGGUAGAGUAAAUGAGACCUUUGUAUUAUUUCUGCAUAUUCAAAUUAUAUUUUGGUGUUGGAUACCGUCUAUAAUAUCGAUAAAAAUCAGUCCUUGCGCAAGAUGGAAUACAACAGGUGAAAUAGUGGCUGGUCUCGGUGGAAGAGGUAACAAUCUCGAUCAACUUCUUGAUCCUGAAGGAAUUUUUAUUCAUAGACAAACUAACACAUUAUAUGUGUCUGACACUGGUAAUAACCGUAUUCAAAUUUUUACACUUAAUCAGCUAUCGAGCAUGGGCACUACCGUGAUAUUUAAUGUUACAUAUCCUACAAAGCUCUAUGUUGAUGAUGACAACGAUGGGCAAACCAUUUAUGUCACUGUUCGAAACGAAGAUCGUAUCAAAAAAUGGGUUAAAGGAGCAUCAGAUGGCGUGCAAGUUGGAGGAGAAUGUUUGAUGUGCGAAAGCGUCUGGGUAGACAAAGAGAAAAAUGUUUAUAUGACAUCAGUGAUGAAACAUUGUGUGUAUAAGUGGUCACCACUAACAGAUAUUACAACGGUCGCCGCUGGUAGAGAAAUGGGUCAAGGAUCUGGAAGUGAUUCUCUCGAUUCUCCUGAAGGUAUUUAUGUCGAUAAUAUCAGUGGUACCGUGUAUGUCGCUGAUUAUGCGAAUCAUCGCAUCCAGAAGUGGUUAAAAGAUGCUCUUAAUGGUACUACUGUGGCUGGAUUAAGCACAGGCAAUCAAGGCAGUGAUGCUGAAUCGUUGUCGUAUCCGACUUCUGUAUGGGUCGAUGAUGAAACGCAAGUUGUGUACGUGGCAGAUUCAGACAACAAUCGAAUUCAACGUUGGUUACCGAAUGCAUUCAUAGGUGAUACUGUUGCUGGUGGAGCAGGUAUGGAUGUAGAAUUUCGACUAGCUUUGCCCGAAUUUUCGAUCAGACUAUUAGAAAAUAUAGUUUUUUUUUGCAUCCAGUCAAUGGUAUUCGUUAUAAAUGAAUGAAACAUCAGAAUCAAAUAGAAAAUAGGCUAAUAUUUUUAACGAAGAAGCAAUUUUGAGCUUUCGCUGCGAUGAACUGACAGCAAUGGGGAAUGACUAUAAUAAUGUAUAUCCUAUAUUCUUAUCCAUCUUAAAUUAAUCUUGAGAUUUUUUUUUAUUCCGUGCUAUAGCGAAAAAAGUAUUUAAAUCGUUAUCAUACUCUAAGAACAUUUCAUUAUAGGUUGGGGUGAUAAACCUAAUCAAUUUGAGCAGCCCGUCGAUUUGGCAUUUGAUAAUGAUGGCAGCCUCUAUGUGUGUGAUCGCAUCAACGAUCGUGUUGUCAAGUUUACAAUUAUUUACAAUGAGCCAUGUUUUCCAGUACCAACAACUAGUUCAGGUUCUUUAUCUUUGAUAUUUUCAGUAUAUUUUUAUUUAUUUUGCAAGUUUAUCAUAAUCGAUUAUGUGACAGUUACUGCGAGCUGCAGAGGAUCACUAGUUCUUUCCUAGAGUUAUCCAAUUGAAGUACUCAUAAGUCUAUAAGACCUAUUUGAAAUGAAUGGGUGUGAAUGUAAGUCAUUUUCCAAAUUACAAACAGUCUCACACCGACAUUUACAGUCAUAUCCACGUAUCCCACACUAAAUCUUAGCGUUGCAUUAGCCUAAAAACGUGAGAAUCUAUACCUCAACCAUUGUAAAUACUGUCGUGAUUCCUGGUGAAAUUCGAUAAUUAUGAAAACUCGACAAUAGUCUUCAACUUUUAGUAGAACUUUGAUAUCAAGUUAUCACACUUUUAUUGUAUAUGUUAGAGGAAUAAUAAAGGUGUGUACUUAUAUAGUCUUAGCGACAUCGUCGCAAUGCAAAUCAUGCCAGAGCAUAAAAACUCAAGUAUGUUGAGUCUUGGGAUAAUGUUAGUUUUCUUUUAGCGUUCUUUUUUAAAUGUUUGAAAAAAUCAAUUUAGCACGCUACGAUUGAUGUGAAUUCUGGCACUUUUGAAAAUUCUUCUUACAUUCAUCAUGUUGCUAUAAAUAGAUCAAGAAAAUUUUGAAAAGUGAAUUAGAAGAGAACAAAAAUUGUUGAGUACUUAUAUUUCUAUAUAUUUAGCUUCAAUUUAUGGUCACUAAGGUUAUAUUGAUAGAUGCCUCUAUUAUUUAGAUGUUUUAGAAAUGAAAUUUUAGUAGCAAUUUUUUCCAACGAAGUAUCACUUAUUCUCUUUCUAAAGCUGAAAAUUAUAACCUUCUAGCCGCGUUCUAUCUAAAACUAGUGAAUUUACGAUGGAAAUCAUUAAUAUUUCAUAGUAGUAUAUUGACAACUUCACAAUAAUA